AUGGAUGAGGUUAGCUUAUUUUGUGGUAAACAUGGAAUUUCAAUUCCUAAAAUGAAUGAAGACUACUCUAAUGGGAAGUCGAAGCGUAAGAGGUCCAAUAUUUCAUAUUUGCAUCACUUUCGUGUGGAAGUAUUUUAUGCCGUCAUUGAUUUGGCACUUCAAGAACUCAAUAAUCGUUUUGAUGUGGUGACUAGUGACUUGCUUCUCGGUAUGGCUAGUUUGAGUCCGAUUGAUUCAUUUGCUAAUUUUCACAAGGAUAGGAUAAUGAAACUAGCCGAGUACUACCCAAGUGAGUUUGGUGAUAAAGAGCUUCGGAAACUCAAUUUUCAACUUGAUGAUUUUAUUGUCUAUGCUCAUAGCAAGUUUCUCAACUUGAGGGGAAUCAAGGAUCUUGCAAAAGUGAUGAUAGAGACAAAACUAGAUCAAACUUGGUCACUUGUGUAUCUACUUGUGAAGUUAACUUUGACUAUUCCUGUUGCUACCGCAAGCGUGGAAAGAGCAUUCCCAUCAAUGAAGUACAUAAAGAAUGAUUUGCGUAAUAGGAUGGAUGAAGAUCUUUUGAAUGGUUGUUUAGUUUGUUAUAUAGAGCGUAGUAUAUUUAAAAAUAUUGCUACUACCUAUUUGCUCGUCAACUUGUUCUCACCGUAA